CAGUUACACGUUCAUAAAACUUCCAUACCGACCAUACCCGCUAUCGUCCGACGCUAAGACGUUGAAAACAGUAUACCACCAAGUGUCAACGUUAAUAAAUGAGGCAAUGGACGAGUUCAUAGUGACGCGAAGUGCGACUUUGAAAAGGAAUGCCAACAAGGAUUUUAUUUCUGUGUCAUACACGGCGCCAAAGAAGAAGCGCAAGUCAAGUGAGGUUAAACUGAACGCAGACAAACGUGCCAAGAAUGAUCUAGAUGUAGUCAUUCCGACGAAUAAAGCCAAGGGGACCCAACAAAGUGAUGUCAAAUGGCAGCAAGAAAUACAGAUGAAAAGGGCAAGGUUCGACGUGAUCAAAUUUGGAAUGUCAGGUUUUGACGGAGCGAAGGGAGAAGAGGCAAAAAUAGCUCUGGCAGUGAAACUGGGCGCUAAACCACCAAAAAAGAAGGCAAAGAACUAUAAGGAAUUGAAGCUAGAGAGGCAAAAAUUAAAGGAACGCGCACAGAAAAAGGAGCACAUGUCAGAACUUGGGAAGAAUGUGGCUAAACAACGUUUUGUUAAAAAACCUAGGAGGCGGGAUGGUCUUUUGAAUAGUUAUGGCGUAGUUACAAAGACUCCAGCUACCAUCAAAAAUAAUAAAAGACAUAUCUAAGUGAUUCAUAUUAUUGUUGACUUUUUUUUUAUUGUUUCAUUACAUCGUUCAUUGCUAUUUCUAGGAAGUAUCAUAGUAUCAUGUAUAUACUAUUUCAAGUACAACGAGUAAUAAAAUAAUAUUUUAAUCUGGUUA